AUGGCCACCGCAAUUCCAUUAACAGAUCGGUUCUUCCUAUUCGGAAACUGCAACAUUGUUCCCGACAGAUAUGACGACUGGCAAGCCGCCUAUGACAAGCUCGCUGAGUAUGUCUUCGACAACGAGCCCAACACCCUGACGUACUACUUCGGCAUCCCCCUCGAACACGCCUCGAACCCGUCCCGCACCGACAACAUGCUCGCCUUCGAGGGCUACCGCACCCGCGAGGACCUCUACGACGUCCACCUCAAGUCCGAGGUCAUGACGACCACGUUCCUCCCCAACGCCGGCCCAACCAUGACGACGGGCCUCGACCUCACGCACUUCGCCGCCGUGGGCGGCUUCCUGGACCUCAGCGGGCAGAAGACCGAGUGCGGGCUGAUGCACGACAUCCAGAUCCGGUGCGUCGACGGCGCGGCGCGCGCAGAGCUGUUGGGCGCGCUGCGGCUGCUGUGCUCGAUGGUCGAGGAGAGGCAGCGCGGCGGCUCGGGCGAGGUGCUGACGUUCCUGGGGCUCAAGUCGCUGGACAACGAUACGGGUGCGAGGAUAUUUGCGCGGUACAAGAGUCGCGAGGUGUGGGAGGCGUGGCUGCGUGGAGACCUGCUCCAGGCAUUCUGGGAGUCGGUGAAGCCGUGUGUAGCGAGCAUGGAGGCGAAGGGGUACGCUCCCAACGGCAAGGGAUGGUUGUGGAAGUGA